AACAAUGAAGUGCCAUGUGGCAGAUUUUUUCUCAGGCUCAGGGCAGAGAAUCAGCCAUUGAGCUGGCCAAAAUUAUGCUUUCGGUUUUUGGUAGUUUUUGAACAAAUGCAGUUUUACAUUUCCCUCCACACAUCUCUUAUCCUCUUGCAUAUCUCUCUUUGUUUCCAUUCUUCCUCGCCGUUCUUUUCUUCCAAGAAGGCAUGAGAGGCAAGAUCAAAAUGAAACCCAUCAACAGAAUCCUUAAACCCACCCCCAGCUUCAUUAAAGCAGAGUAAUUUUUUUUGGGUUUUCCGAUGGCUACCAAAUUGGCUUUCAGUUUGUCAUCCCCUCGAUUCUCCACUGCUCCCAUAAGCAAGCCUUUCAUUUCUUCAUCUUCUUCCAAGGUUCACCCUGUUCAGUCGAUCAGUGGGAGAAGACAUGCUUGCCUACGGAGAAGGAUUUUCUUGGUUCCAGUCAAGGCUACUGCUGAUCAACAAGCAGGUCAGGUGCAAGAAGAUGAAGUAGUGGACAGCAAGAUUCUGAAUUACUGCAGCAUAGAACAGAAGGACAAGAAGUCAAUAGGAGAAAUGGAGCAGGAUUUUCUUCAAGCACUACAAUCAUUUUACUAUGAAGGAAAAGCGAUAAUGUCUAAUGAGGAAUUCGACAAUCUCAAGGAAGAACUAAUGUGGGAAGGAAGCAGUGUUGUUAUGCUAUCUGCUGAUGAGCAGAGGUUCUUGGAAGCAUCGAUGGCCUAUGUGGCUGGGAACCCAAUUAUGAACGACAAAGAAUUCGAUAACCUGAAACUGAAGUUGAAGACAGAAGGAAGUGACAUUGUUGUUGAAGGUCCAAGAUGCAGUCUUCGCAGCAGAAAGGUCUAUAGUGACCUCAAUGUGGACUACCUCAAAAUGCUCCUUCUGAAUGUUCCGGCUACUGUUGUCGCACUUGGCUUGUAAGUCUUCUAACUCGCUAAAACCUCUAUAGCAUUAAUCAACUUUGUACCUAUGGCAGUCCUAUAGCUAUAAAUCUGGAACUGGAGAAAUUCUCCCUGAUACAACCUGAUUUAUUAAGUGAUUUCGGUUGUGGUUACCUGCAGAUUUUUCUUCUUGGAUGAUGUGACUGGCUUUGAGAUCACAUACCUUCUGGAACUUCCUGAGCCAUUCAGUUUCAUCUUCACCUGGUUUGCUGCUGUCCCUCUCAUAGUCUGGUCAGCUCUAACCCUUACAAACGCAAUCAUCAAGGAUUUCACCAUCCUCAAGGGCCCUUGCCCAAACUGUGGCACUGAGAACGGGUCUUUCUUUGGGAGCAUACUUUCCAUUUCCAGUGGCGGCACUACCAACAACCUCAAAUGCUCCAAUUGUGGAACUCCAAUGAUCUAUGAUGCCAACACGCGGUUGAUCACUCUACCAGAUUGAAGCCUGGUUUGAGAUGGACCGUGCAUGGUUCGUUAAAAGGAAACAUGAUGCCUAGGGUGGAGAGUUUUGAAGCAACAGGAAGUGGAAAGGGAAACUGAAUUUCACAUUGGAAAAUAGGUUGUAUAGUGAGGCAUUGAGGGGAUCUGUUGAGGUUUUUGUUGCCAAAAUGGAUUCGAUCAUAAUGAAGUCUGACUUCAAUGUCUAUAAUGGUACUUUAUAAGGCUGUACCUUUGUAAAUUUGUCUAUACCCAUCUGUCAGCUAUAGUCCCUCAUAUUCACCCUAGGUAGUUGAAGCCGAGCUACUCCGCGGCACAAGGUCAGAGAGUCUUUGUUGGUCUCUCUGAUCAUUUGCCGGUGUUAAUCAUCUUACCAAGACUAGCAUAUGAAUAGUGACUUGAGCAAAUGGGUAUGGUAACUUGAAACAGAGAAAACGAAAGUUACCAAUUCAGCAGCAUGACUGCCGUAAGCAGUGUACUCUACACCUUGAAUAGAUUAAGAAGCUUUUCUUUAAUAUUCUGUAGAUGAAGAUGCAAACCACUUGCUCUGAAGUGUAAACCAGAAUUAAAUAAAUUGUUUCCCACAAUUGGACAUCUCAGAAACUUCUCCCGAAGACCCGAACAGUUCCAAUCCACUGGCUUGUGCUUGUUAGAUUGUUUUCGUGGGUAAGAAGGUAACUGACCACUCCAAACCACAGAGCUAUCGUCGUUAUUGGUAGUUAGAGAAUGUGAACUAUAGGGGAAAACCCUCGUGCUCCCAAACCUUCCAGUCAACUCAACCCUCCAUCUCUUCAACACCCAACAGUGUUAUUCCCAGGUUGGUGCAAUGCAAAGCAACCAAUCAUCACGUGAAUGCAAUACCCACCUUUCCCCAUUUCAUUUUUUGUUUGGUUGGCUUAGGCUCUACCAAAACAAACACCCACUGAAUUCCUUCAGAACCAAAAAAGUUCACUCCUUUAUAAAAACCCUUCACCACCCAACGACCUUAAACACCUGGCCAACACUUCUCCACACUUCUUCCCCUCCUUCUGUCUCUUCACAUCUACAACAAUGGCAGCGGCUUCAGUAGCUUCAAGAGUCGAGAGCUUGGCAAGCAGUGGGAUCCAAUCCAUCCCCAAAGAAUACAUCAGGCCGAAAGAAGAGCUUACGAGCAUUGGUGACGUGUUUGAUGAAGCGAAGAAAGAAGAAGGGCCUCAACUCCCCACCAUUGAUUUGAAAGGCAUGAUGGAUUCGGAGGACAAGGCGGUUCGGGACGAAUGCAGGGCACAACUUAUCAAUGCGGCUAAAGAGUGGGGGGUUAUGCACCUGAUCAACCAUGGGAUUCCUGAUGAUCUGAUGGAGUCUGUCAAGAAAGCCGGUGAGGGUUUCUUCGAACUUCCGAUAGAGGAGAAGGAGAAGUAUGCAAAUGAUCAAGCUUCGGGAAAGAUUCAAGGGUAUGGAAGCAAGCUUGCUAACAAUGCUAGUGGGCAGCUUGAAUGGGAGGACUACUUCUUCCACCUUGUCUUCCCUGAGGACAAAAGGGACCUCUCCAUCUGGCCCAAGAACCCCACUGACUACACCGAGGUGACUAGUGAAUAUGCAAGGCAGCUGAGAGUGCUAGCGACCAAAAUUCUGUCAGUUCUAUCACUUGGCUUGGGCUUGGAAGAAGGGAGGCUAGAGAAAGAAGUUGGAGGUAUGGAGGAGCUGCUGCUUCAGAUGAAGAUCAACUACUACCCCAAAUGCCCUCAGCCAGAACUCGCCCUAGGCGUCGAAGCCCACACCGACGUGAGCGCCUUAACUUUCAUCCUCCACAACAUGGUCCCUGGCCUGCAACUCUUCUACGAGGGCAAAUGGGUGACUGCGAAAUGCGUGCCAAACUCCAUCAUCAUGCACGUUGGGGAUACUGUUGAGAUCCUGAGCAAUGGCAAGUACAAGAGCAUUCUCCACAGGGGACUUGUUAACAAGGAGAAGGUCAGGAUCUCGUGGGCGGUCUUCUGCGAGCCGCCCAAGGAGAAGAUCAUACUCCAGCCGUUGCCCGAGGUGGUUUCGGAGAAAGACCCAGCUCUGUUCCCUCCUCGCACUUUUGCUCAGCACAUAGAGCACAAGCUGUUCAGGAAGAGCCAGGAAGGGAAAAAGGAAGAAAAGGAUGCCCUUGUUUCCAAAUGAAGACCCUUCCUCUCCAUCAUCACUACACUUGAUACGGUUUCCUGCUUUCCUUUCUGCUAUGAAUUUCCCUCCCAAGUUUGAUGACUAUUGUGCUGUGUUGUAUAAUGGAAGGUCAGGAUACCAUCCAUUUUAUGUUUUUCUCCAUUGAAAUCUUUUUGUUCUUUUGGCAUUUGGUUUUGUUCAAUAAGAAGAUACUCAUCACUCCUUAGCUAGUACCAGUCCAAUUUUGGUACUUUACUGAAGGAGAGGGUACCCAUGAGCUGAUAGAGUCCGAUGUCACUCUCUUUCGAUCUCAGUCGUUCAAUGUUAUGCCAUGACAGAACCCUAAAUAAUGCAACCUUGUGCAUCCAAUAGCUUAAAUCGCACCGGUGAAUUCCACCAAUGUAAACCCUACAUUCACGCUCCCUGUUAGCGUAUUAAAUAGAUUGGAUCUUUAGCCGUAUCGGAUAAAGAGAGCUCUGAUAUCACGUCACAAAUCAAUUCAAAUUGCACAAUGCCAAACCUUAUUUCAGCAAGAGGCUACAUUGGCUACAUCAAUAAGAAACAACAUUUCGGAAUUAGGGAAUUACCCGCUUUUCGCAAUUCAACCAAAAGCAUUGAAUUGUCAUCUCGAAGUGGAGUUGAAUCAAUCUAUGACAGGUGAAAUCAGAGGUUGGCCGGCGAAGAAGGCCUUUAGAUUCCCAAUCACCACAUCCUGCAAAGUUCCGAUGGACUCUGGGGUGACCACAGCGCUGUGCGGCGACAACACGACGUUGUCCAACGCGAAGAGCUCCUUGGGCACGUGGGGCUCGUCCUCGAACACGUCCAGGCCGGCGCCACCGAGGUCGCCCCGGAGCAGAAACUCCACGAGCUCCUUCUCGUCGACUAGCGACCCGCGGCCGACGUUGAUGAUCACUCCUUGCUUGCCUAACACCGUCAUGACUUCACCGUUGAUCACGUGGAAGGUCUCGUCGGUCAGGGCGCAACACGCGAUCAGAACGUCGCUGUUGGCCGCCAGAUCGAGAGCGGUUUUGUAGAAUGGAAAUGGCAGAGAAGGCUUCUCUUUUCUUGAACUAUAGCGGAUUUGGCAGCCGAAGGCGGCGAGCCGAGUCGCUAUCGCCGAGCCGAUGCGUCCGAGUCCCAGAAUUCCGACUCGUUUUCCGCUGACCUGAGUGUAGGAAGAAGAAUGGCGCGAUAUUCAGUUCCGGACACCGGAACAGAGAGUCAAAUUCAGCAGAAAUUGGGGACCUUUACAGACAAAAAAAAGACAAAAGAAAGUUUCGAAACGCACACCUUGGAGCCCAGCGGGUAAUCUCCCUUAACGGGCCAGGACCCGGCCCGAACGUAGCGGUCAGCGGCCGAGACUCUCCUGAGAACAUCAAUCAGCAGGGCGACGGCGUAGUCUGCCACGUCCUCCGCGAAGGCGGAGCCGGCGUUGGUGACGACGAUGCCUCUCUGCCGGCACUCGGGGAGGUCCACGUGGUCAACGCCGACGCUCGAGCAGACGACGAUUUUGAGGGAGGGAAAUCGAUCGAGGAAUUCGGGGGUGACGGGCGGCGGCGGGCCGACGCAGAGGAUUGCGGAGGCGGAUUGGAGAUUCGAGGCGUCAGUGGUGAGGAGAUCGAGGAGGCGGAAGUGAGUGGGCAAGCUGGGGAAAAGGCUGCCAGUGAAGGUUGGGAAACGGUGGAUUAGAACGACGGGGAGGGAAUCGUCGCCGUCGUGAGCUGUGGCUGAGAGUGCAGGCGGUGAUUGAUUGGUUCCGGUGACUGCCAUUUUCCGGGACAGCCGGCGGGCUCUGUAUUUGGUUGAGAGGGAUUAAUCUGGGAGAGAGUAAACGAAGAUGAAUUGGGUUCUUCAGUGAGGAUUGG